UUUCUUUUGUAGAAGGCGCUGAAUUCGUACUUUGACCCGCCUCCUGAGCAAGAUGUCGACGGGAUGCCCCAUCCAGUUCCCGCCACGGGGGCUCCUGUUGAGCUAACUGAUCAUUCGACUACCAACACUGUAGCUGCUGCAGUAGUGGAAGCUGCAGGAAUCUGCCCACAAGACGAUAGCACUUUUUCUUUAAUUACUUGGAAUAUUGAUGGCCUGGAUUCAAAUAAUCUGCAAGAAAGAGCACGAGGAGUCUGUUCCUAUCUAGCUUUAUACAGCCCAGAUGUGGUAUUUUUACAGGAGGUUAUUCCUGUAUAUUUAAGUUAUCUCCAGAAGAGAGCAGUCAGUUACACAAUUAUUCCAGGUAAUACGGAUGGUUAUUUUACUGCCAUCAUGGUAAAAAAAUCAAGAGUAAAAGUUUUAAAACAUGAAAUAACAAUUUUUCCUACAACCUGUAUGAUGAGAAAUUUAUUAGCAGUAUACGUAAACAUUUCUGGCAAUGACCUGUGCCUGAUGACUUCCCACUUGGAGAGCACUAAGGACCACAGCGAAGAGCGUUUGAAACAGUUGAAACUGGUGCUUGCCAAAAUGGCAGAGGUACCCGAGUCAAGUUCUGUGAUUUUUGGAGGUGAUACAAACUUAAGAGACAAAGAGGUUGCUAAAAUAGGUGGCUUACCUAACGAAGUUUUGGAUAUUUGGGAGUUCUUGGGCAAGCCUGAACAUUGCCGGUACACAUGGGAUACAAGCCAAAACAGUAACUUGAAUGCAAGAUACAAGUACAAAAGUCGAUUUGAUCGUCUGUUUUUCCGAGGUGCAACAGCUGGUGGACAAAUUAUUCCUCAGAGUUUGGAUUUGAUUGGUCUGGAUAAACUAGAUUGUGGCAGAUUUCCUAGUGAUCAUUGGGGACUGUUUUGCAAUUUUGAUGUGAUACUGUAAGAGGAAAACAUUUCACUUUUCUGUUCUUCAAAAUUUUAAACCAGUUCUAAUGUUAAUUUUGAUUCACAAUCGUGUAAACUAAACAGUUCAUUUUACUUGUUCGGGGAAUUCUUGCUUAGGAAAAGUGAAACAUUCCAUUUAAAAUAUUAAGAUCUCGUGCAACGCAGAAGACAUUUUAGUUAAUUUGUGUGUGUGGGGAAUUGUUUUAUGUUGUAUAUAUUAUUCAAAAGUUAGAAUAGAAUAGUUUAUUAAACACAUCAUAAUUUGUUUUUAAUAAAGAAUCCUUGUGUGUCCCCUUUAAUGACACUAUGUUCUAGUAGCUGAAAUUCAGGGAGAAAAUGAUAGAUUAUAAUUUCAGUACCAUUAACACAUUGCUGGAAUAUCCUCUAAUUCCUAGUUCUUCCCAAGAAGCAAGCGUUGCUAUGAGUGAACACACCCAGACCUGUUCUUCACUGCCCCUAACUUUGGUCCCACUGCUGUUUAUUUGUUCCCUGAGCUUUCUAACAGAAAAAUAAAUCAAAAGUCAAGGAAGCCUCUUCUUCAUGUCAUACUUCUUCCAGGAGAGUGUAAGGAAUGGGGCCAACAGUUUUGUUCAUGGCAGAAAGAUGGGAGGGACACUGAAGGAGAGACUUAAUCAAAGCAAGGGCUGAGUUAUAAAGGAACAGGGUUCUUCUACUAUUCCUGUUUUCAAGCCGAGGCUUUGAUUAGUAGAGCUUAUGGCUCCACUGUUAACUGUAUUUUCAACAUUUUCAGCUUUCUGAUUAGCUAACAGUCCCUUUAAUCGCUGCUGCUAAUAUAGGAUAUUCUGUUAUAUGGAAUCUUAGUACCUUAUUCCUUAGUCUAACCAUUAGAUGGGUAUGAAAGGAAUGCAUAUUACAACUGAAUGGAAUUGAAUGCUUUAUUUGGCCAAGUGUGAUUAAACACACAAGGAAGUACAGAAGCAGGGUAGUUGCGAAGUAGUGGAGAAUAACAAUAAAAAUAAUAACGCAAAGAAAAGGAGGAACUAAGGAAGAUAAUAAGAUAAAUAAUACUACAGCCACAUUGUAUGUGUUAAUACAGAGAUUCCCAACCCCCGGGCCACAGUCUACUACUGGGCCUUAGCCUGCUUCAAACCGGGCUGUGUGAGUGAUGAGCAAGGAUGCGUACACUUGCAUGUGCAAAGCGCCAGUCGCGAGAGCAGUGGGCCCUCAUGCUCACGUGUGAAGCUCUACUUGUGUGAGCGGAGGGUGCUUUGUGCACAAACACCCUCUGCUCCAGCACAAGCUCCAUUUGUGCAAGCAGAGGGCACACACAUGCACUGCUCACAUCAGUUAAGCUACGCCUUUUUAAUGAUGGUUGUAAUGUGAAGCCUCCAUGGGAAACUAUAGAACCCCAAAACGUGAAGGAUGCUACUGCUGCUACCGUGUUGUCAAAUAGAGUAAUAAUAGAGUAAUAAUAUAGUGAACCAUUCUGUAUUAAAAACACUCCGAUUUGCUGGCUUUCUAUUCUGAGCGAUAUAGCUUUACCAAAGGCAAGAUGCACUAGUGAGGAUGUACAGAAAAAGUAUGAACAACUCACUUCUACCGGAGCAUGCGUUUAUCCAUCAGAAGACUCAAAUCCACUGUCACUGGCACAACAUCUGGCCAAUAACUUUAACUUUCAUUGCUAAUGGAAAGCCAGAUGCCCACACUGAAUGCCCAGACAUAGGGAGACAUAAAUGACCCCAUAAAAAAGAUGCCAGGCUUUGACUACUACAUCAGCAAUGGGCAAUCCUGAAUAGGAUUUGCACCUCAUGGUAUCUAUUGGGACUCUGUAUAAAUGAGGCAUUGUAUCCUCCCCUCAGUGUGAUUGUGAGGUCCUAUGUGAAACUGUAGAUCACAUUGUGACCAGAUGUGAGCUGCGGGCAUACACUAGUCCAAUGUCUGAUAUAUAUUUUAAUAUAAAUGCUGCACUUCAAUGGAUAAAUG